AUGGCCCGCUUUCCAUUUGGCAAAAGGAAACUGAAGAUUCAGGACCCUCCGGCCACUCCACCCCUGAACGAACCUUCCUCCUCCGUGGCCUCCCCAUCCGCUGACUCCGAAUACCGCCAUUCGUACUUGUCCAAGUCGCCUGCCCUGAAACCGGCCAUUUCCCUUCCUGCUCCCGGCUCCCACCCAAUGCCUGAUACCGUCGACGACCACAUUGACGAUUACCCUGAAGCCUCGGCUCCUUUGGGCCCGGCUCCUGGCAACGCUUCUACGCCCUGGCGGAGACACAAGCUCUACGACUCCCCAUUCCCUCGCUACAGACACUCGGUUUCCCAGGUUGCCUCGGAGAAAAACGAGAUCUUCCUCAUGGGAGGCUUGAAAGAGGGCAAUGUGUUCGGUGAUACGUGGAAGAUUGUGCCUCACGCCUCGGGCGCCAACAUUGACCGCUUUACCGCCACCCACAUUGAGGUGGUCAAUAAGAACAACCCUCCAGCUCGUGUGGGGCAUGCCUCUGUCUUGUGUGGUAACGCCUACAUCAUCUACGGCGGUGACACUGUCGACACAGACUACAAUGGUUUCCCCGACGACAACUUCUACAUGUUCAACAUCAACAACCACAAGUACACCAUUCCUCUGCACAUUUUGAACAAGCCCCGUGGCCGCUAUGGCCACUCAAUUGGCGUUGUGUCGGUGUCGCCUACUUCCUCGAGAUUGUACUUGUUUGGCGGUCAAUUGGAGAACGAGGUGUUCAACGACUUGUACUACUUUGAAUUGACCGAGUUCAAGCUGGCCAAGGCCCGCUGGGAGCUUGUUGAGCCUCUCAACUCCUUCAGUCCUCCUCCUUUGACAAACCACUCCAUGUGUGUGCACAAAAACAAGAUUUAUGUGUUUGGUGGUGUCUACAACAACGAAAAGGUGUCCAAUGACUUGUGGUGCUACGACACUUUGAUCAACAAGUGGCUGCAGAUCGAUACCACUGGUACAAUCCCCUUGCCGGUGAAUGAACACUCGGCGGUGAUUGCCAACGACCACUUGUAUGUCUACGGUGGUAACGACUUUGCUGGUAUCAUUUACGACACCUUGUACGCUUUGGACUUGCACACUUUUAAGUGGUCCAAAUUGAGCAGAGAUUUCGCUGCUAGUGGCCCUGGUCCUCGCUGUGGCCACACCAUGACUUUCUUGCCCAAACUCAACAAGCUUAUUAUUAUGGGUGGUGACAAAAACGACUAUAUUUCUUCCGACCCUGACAGCUAUGAUACCCACGAAGAGCUCGAGGGCACUGAGCUCGGAACUAUGAUUUUUGAGUUGGAUCUUCAUGUCGCCGACCACUUUUUGCGUGGUGGCUCAGGAAAGAAGGCCGCUUCUGCCAUUGGCUCUGCUUACGGCAGAAGAACCACAUCGCCUGGUCCCGAGGAGGGUGGACGUCACCGCAGAAGCUUCAGCGCUGGCCCCGAAGACUUCCGCACUCCAACUGCUUCAGUUGAGCGUAUUCCUCGCUCUCUUGAUCCAAAGCUGAGUGCUUCAGAGCAAUUCGAACCCGCCUACACUCCUCAAAGACAGCCUUACAGCAGAAGUAGCACAGCCGGUGGUGACUUUGUCGAUGUUGACAUUCCCUCCUCUGCCAUUUCCCAAAAAGAUGGUGUGUCUGACUUGGAAGGCGCUCGUGAAAAGUAUCUCGCAGAGACAGAGUCACCAUACAAGAAUGGCCAUGAUGAUUCAGUUGUGAGCGAAACAACACCAUUCGACAACUUGAGAUCAGAAAACAACGAGACACCUAUUUUGUCAAAAGACUUUGCUCGUGACAUUGACGUCAACCCUGACGCGAUUACCACCGAACAACCAAAGGAUCUAGAGGAACCAACUCCUAAUGGCGGUCGUAACAUUGGCUCUUUCACUCCCCAGGAUGACACCAAGCUCAAGAGAGUUAUUGCUGAUCUUAAUAAUGAGAUUGCGCAAUUGAAGCAGUCCACCAAGGCAGAAUUGGAGUCCACCUCUGCCAGAUUAAGAUCCUUGGAAGAAGAGAAUUCCUCCCUCAAAGACAACUAUGAGAAAGCCAUUACUGAGAAGGAUGCCAUGAUUGAUGAGCUCAGGCGGUCGAUCGACCCUGCUGACUUGGAAAUUGCUGAAGGCGCCGACGCCGACGCUGUGAGUCAGACGACUUCCAAGAGAGGCUUCACAGAAUUGACCAAGUACAAAUUGGAUCGCUUGGAAUUGAGAAAUAGACUAGUAUUCUUGGAGAAGGAGAAUGCCGAGUACCGUGCUAGAUUCGAGCGUUUCGAGCCUUUCAUGGAGAAUCAGAUUGGUGAGUUGAACACCUUGCAAAAGGUAAUUGAGGGCCAGGAAAACAAGAUUGAAACUUUGACCGCUCAAAUCGUGUCAGAGGAGGCUUUGCACAAGGAAAUUACCGAAUGGAAGCACAAAUACGAAGAAUUGAGGCUUGAGCAUGAGAACUUCAAAGCCGUUCACGCGGAAGUUGUUCCGGAAGAUGGUGAGGGAGAUGAAACCUCUCGUUCCAUUGGCGGUCACUCCAAGCUUAGUGCUCAUUUGGCUAACUUGACUUCCUUGUGGAAGGACGCCAAGCGUCAAGACUCUGACGCUCGUCUGAUGACGAGUGAAGAAAACGCCACUAUCUCCAAGUUGCAGAAACAGAUCGACGAGUUGAUGGCUACAUCUAAGACACAGCACGCGGGCUCUUCGGCCGAAGUCAAGGCAUUAGAGGAGGAAUUGACCAACAAGUUACAAUCAUUGCGUACCUUUGAACAGAACUACCGCGAUGCCUUGCAAUCCGUCAACAACACCAGUAAAGCUCUUGAGCUGUCUCACGAGGAGUUGAGAAACCAGAAGUUGACCAUUGAAAAGUUAAUCAAGGAGAACAAUGAAUUGAAGUUGUUUAAGAAGGCAAACAGGAGAGUGUCUUCAAAGAGCCCUCUCGUUGACUCGAAUGGAGACUCUCCUGCUCCAGGCACCCCAGCUGAAGAGGCUGGUGAGGCAGCUGAAACUGAUGAUGAGGACGGCGGCUUCACCAAGGCUCAUUACAACAUGAAGCUUAAGGACUUGGAAGCUGACUUGUACAUCUUGAAACAAGAAAAGGAACAAUUGAACGAUACUGUUGCCUCUUUGAAGAAGGAGUUGUACCUAGCCAAAAACUCCUCUUGA